AUGUCUUUUAGCGUAGGUAUUCAAUCCUUCGUGGUGGAUAAAAACGGAGGUGCACCAGUACGACCGAACCAACAAAAUCGACCAAAUCAACCAAACUAUGAUAUAUAUUACACAGAAAGGACAACACAACAACCGAUAUACAAUCAAUUUACAACGCAACGAAAACCGAUUUUCAAUCCGCACACGACUCAACCGCCGCCACCAUUUGAAUACAACCCGUAUACAACACAGCAACAACAACCACAACCGGAUUACAACCCAUAUACGACACAACAACAACAAUCUCAACCAGAUUACAAUCGAUAUACGACACAGCGACAACCGCCGCCAGAUUACAACCCGUAUACAACAGAACCAUCACAACAACCACCGCCAGAUUACAACCCUUACACGACAAAACAGCCACCGCAACCACCGCCUGAUUUCAAUCCGCCAUUUAACCCACCUAGUACCCAAAGUGGGCAGGGCUUCGCCCCCGUACAGUGUGGUGUAGUAGCCGGUGGCAAUGAAAGGCAACCUCUCAUCCACAACGGACAGAACUACGAGCGAGGAGCAAUACCCUGGCUGAUCGCCAUUUAUAAGAGGAAGGACGGCAGUCUCACAUUCAAUUGCGCUGGCACGUUAAUAUCUGAUAGACACAUUGUCACCGCCGCUCAUUGCAUACUGUUGAAGAAUUCCAUGACCUCCAUCAAAGAUAUUGUAGUAAAGAUAGGCGUCUACAAUUUGGAGGAUUGGGGUGAUGACCAGAUUAUCACGAGAACAUUGGAGUCUGCCGUGAUACACGAGUCGUACAAUUCUUCCACUCUUGCAAAUGAUCUCGCGGUGUUCACUCUGGACAAAACUGUAGACUACAGCAUUAACAUAAGGCCAGCUUGCCUCUGGGAUGGACAGUCUGACUUAAACAGGAUUGUUGGAGCAUCUGGAGUUGUGGCAGGCUGGGGAAGCACAGAGCUGGGACCGGGCGGGCACGGUGUCCCCAGGAUGGUCCGCAUACCAGUAGUCAGCACCUCAAUGUGCCGCGCAAGCAAACCCGACUUCCACAAACUCACUUCGGAUACCACUUUUUGCGCAGGUGAUCGAAACGGAAUUGGCCCUUGCUUAGGAGACUCUGGAGGAGGACUGUACAUUCUGGACAGCGGACGAUGGCGGCUGAGGGGUGUAGUGUCCGUGUCACUAAGGCCCGACAGCGGCGAGAACACGUGCGACCUCAACCAGUUCAUAGUGUUCACUGACGCCGCCAAAUAUACCACGUGGAUUAGGAAUAUUGUAAAGUCUAGUCAAAUCUGA